UAUAAGAUAUCCUGUAUGCAACAAAGAUUUUUAAUUUUUAUUCCUCUUCCCCUUGGUAUAUAUGUAUGUAUGUAAGUAUAUAUUAAUAUGCAUAUUUGUCAAAGUAUAUAUGUAUGUGUAAACUCAACCAGAUAGCGUUGCUCAUUGUGUGCGCUGAAGGACAGUUGAGCGCAUUAACUUUCAAUUAGCCAAUUAGUAGCUGAUUGUGGAUCUCAGUGAGUAUGCAACAUUAUGAAAGGGGGCUUGGCUCUUUCAAAGGACUUUAGUCAUGUGGCACGUGCCUGGCGAGUUGCAUGCAGCUUCGCUGCGCUGCAUAAGCCGCUUGAAGCUCUGGCUGCUGCUGCUGCCGCCCCACCCGGUGCUUCAGCUGAGGCUGCUCUACACCGUUAGUUUGCUGAGCUACCUGGUUUUCAUCCUGCAUUGGCGAUUUAGCUUCAACUACGGCGUUGUCUACAAUCGCAAUGACAGUUUUUCGCGUGUUGUCGACUUGCUGAACUUUGUCACGCUGACAGCCGCCCACCUGGCCGUCGCAAUGGAGCUGAUCUGGAGGGAUCGCAGCGAGCAGAUUGAGCAGCAGCUGGAACGAGUGCGCUACGUGCUUCGAGUGCAGUUCGGCCAGAAGGUGAACAUGCUGCGAGUGCAUCGCUACUGCCGGAGCAUCAACUCAAUAUUGCUGAUAUGCUGCCUAAUGCUGCUGCUGAUGACCAUUUACAAUAAUCUGGUCACCAACAUGUCGCGGCUGCUCGUCUACGCCUUCUACUCGGAAGUUAUUCUGCUGUUGCGCCUCAGCGAGUUUUCUGUGUUCGCGGUGCUGAUCUUGGUCUUCUACAUGGAGCUGACUGAGGUUAGCCGCCGGCUGAUCCUGGAGCUGGACAAGACACGCUAUGAGGUCUCGUCUCUGCGCCGCUUGUCGCUGGAGCGCUUGUACGUGCUGCAGCACCUGCUCGGGCUGCUGUGGAACACAGUGCGGCUCAUCGAACGCAAUUUCGCGCUGAGCCUGAUAGUUGUGCUGCUCAAGUACUUUGUGGACAUCUCCGUCCUGCCCUACUGGAUGUUUAUCAACAACUAUAACCAUGUGGAUAUUUCCACUACAUACUAUUGCGCAACUGAGGAGUCCUGCAAGCUGCUGCUGACCUUUCUGCCCAGCUACAUCUGCACGAGAUGCGAACAGAUGCAGCGCCAGCUGCGCUCCACUCUGCACGGAGUCGCCACAGAUCGGCAUAAUGCGCAGCUGAACACAGCUCUAUACCGCAUCUCGGCGCAGCUGGGCCAGGAGUCCUUCAGGUUCAGUGCUGGCGGCUUGAUGGUAAUCAAUAACGAGUCUCUGGGCAAGGUGAGUGUAUCGACUUACCAAAUCAACUUCAAGGCCGCUUCGCUAUUUCCGUUUCUAUUACAGUUUAUCUUUGGCAUGAUAAGCUACAUAAUCAUUUGCAUACAAUUUCGCCUGGCCCUAAUCGACAACAACCCCGAGGAAGUCGCUCAGAGCUUCGUUACGGUCGCACUGCGACGCUAA